AUGUCACCUCAGGAUACCUCCCCUGUCCGCCGACCCAUCGUCCACAAGGCCCGCCCCGACCAAGACGCGCACUUUGACUUUGACGAUAACGGCACUCCCGAAGCUCAACGCGGCCCUGCACCCACCAAGGGCGGACGCAGCAACAAAGGCCAGGGCCUCUACUCCGACAACGUCACAGAUAACGACGUCGACCCGGCCGAUGCGCGCGCCCUUUCGGACAUCACGAAGAACAAGAACCAGACCCGUAGUUCUAUGAAGACACACUGGGGCGUUGACGCCGACUCACCCGAUGGUCGCGGCAUAAACAUUGCUGGUAACGGCAUGGGUGGACGCAAGGGCACUGAGUGGUCUCUCUUCGAGGAGAGCCCUGAACCGGCGAAGAAGGAGAAUGGUGGUGGAUUCAGCAGGAGCGCAAGGGGAACUGCCAUCAAGACCGAGGGCGAUGGUAUGGGUGGACGCAAGGGCGCGGACAAGAGCUUCUGGGACUUUUAG